UAUGAGUCAAUUGAACAUUUAAUCGUCAAACAUAAUAAUAAAAAACAUUUUUAUAAAAUAAAGCCGCAUUAACAAAUAAAUAAAUAUUUUAUCUAUUUUUUUGAAUAUUCAAGCAAAAAAUAUCUUUUUGGAGUGAGAUUACAGUGAUUAGUAUAUGAGUGUAGAAACGUGUCUGAUAUCCAAUAAAUAAAAUUACAAUUACCUAAUAUGGCUAGUGAUAAAAAAAUUGAAAAAUCAUUACCGAAAGGUACAAAAUCUAACGAAGAAAUAUUUGCUGGAUUUCAAGCACUCCGAAAUGAUCAGAGAUUAAUGGCUACUAAAUUAUCAGAAAUGGAAAUGGAAUUAAAUGAGCACAAAAUCGUCAUCGACACAUUGAAGACCGUUGAUCCUAAACGAAAAUGCUAUAGAAUGAUUGGUGGAGUUCUUUGUGAACAAACAGUAGAAGAAGUUUUCCCAGGACUUGUAACAAAUAAAGAUAGAUUAAUUAAAGUCAUUGAAACUUUAAAUGAUCAGAUAGAGAAAAAAGGCAAGGAAAUUAACGAAUACAAAGAAAAACACAAUAUUACAAUACGAGGACUUGAUGAAGCACAGCAGGCGGAGGAAGAGUCGAAAGAGCCUAAAAGAAAUGCACUUGUAGUGAAUCCUAUUGAAGUAUAAUUGCAUAUUGAUACUUAAAACAUUUUUUGUUCUAUAACGCAAUGAUUAUAUAUAUUAAAUAUGUAUAAAUUUUUGCUAUUCUUUUGUCAUCUGUUCAACCAUAAAUUUGUUCAUUUUUUCAGUUCAUCUAAUUUUAUUUACACUUUAAUUAUUCUUACAAAAUGAGAUAAAUUAAUUUAUAGAUAAUAAAUCACAAAAAUAAAAAUGGUUUCUAAUAUUAAA